UACACACUGAGCUCUCAGAUUGCUGCACUCAGUGUCUGUAAAGUCACUAUGCCGGGGACACACUCUCACACACUCUCACACACUCUCACACACUCUCACACACACAGAACACAGACGCACUUCUUCCUUCUUUCCUUUCUUUUUACUUAAAAAAGCGUGACGGAUUUUAACCUCGGAUCUGUUUUCAUUUAUAAAUAAACAAAACAAAAAAGACAUUUGCUGGAUUUUUCACUUCCUGGAAAACUUUUUUUUUAAUUUAUUAUUGUUCAUCUUUUAAAACCUGGCUGAUUGUUUUAGCUUUUUGGUUUUAUCUCAGACCAAAAACUCAAAGCUUCAAACUUUUUAUGAAUUUUUAAACAAAAUGUAGAUUUUUUCUUGUUGAAAGCGGCUCCUUUCCAUCUCUGGAUGAGGUUCAGCAAGUGAUCUUUAAUUCAUUUCUGACUUCACACUGAAAUUGUCUGAUGAACAUGUUUAUGAUUUGUUUUUCUGUUCUCCAUCGGCGUGACGUGGACGUGAGCGUGAAGAGAACGUGACCUGGACGCAGGCUGAAGGAACUGAACAGCAGCGAGUUGAGCUCUGAUUGACUCAAGCUUUGGGUUGCUGAAUUAAACAAUAAGAGACUUUGUACCGAAGGUUUUUUUUUACAUUGUUAUCAUCAUGGCGGAUCAUGUAAAGUAUCCAGUGAACACGUUUGAGGUUUGUUAGUGAACUUAGAAUCACCUGAUGCAGCUUACCUUCACAUUUUGGAUUAAUGCUUUUGUUUUUUUUUUUACAAAAGGCCUCCAAUCGCUUCAGUUCUAAACUCGUUUUCUUAAAGAUUCCGAAGCUGACGGUUUGAAAAGUCAAACACGAGAAUUUCCAUCUGGUGGAAAGGAUUCUUUAAGUGUUUGACUGUUUUCACUGUAAUGCCACGUUGAGCAAAAAAGAACAGUCAUUUUUUUCAUUAUUAUCAUCAUGUUGGAUCAUGAUGUCACUCCUCUGAUGAAAACCUUUAUGGUUUUAUGGUGAAGUAAACGAGUUCUAAAACACUUUCCAAAAGAAAAUCUAAACCUUUGUCAAACAUACAGUCGUAAACUCACAUCCUCCGUCCUUGCUGUCGUCAUAACGAUCAUGUCGAAGUCUUUGGACCACGUCAAACGCCCGAUGAACGCCUUCAUGGUCUGGUCUCGAGCCCAGCGCCGGCAGAUGGCACAAGAGAACCCAAAGAUGCACAACUCUGAAAUCAGUAAGCGUCUCGGCGCCGAGUGGAAGCUGCUCACCGACUCUGAGAAGCGGCCGUUUAUCGAUGAGGCGAAGAGACUCCGAGCGCUCCACAUGAAGGAGCACCCUGACUACAAAUACCGGCCGCGAAGGAAACCAAAGACCCUCGCCAAGAAGGAGAAGUUUGCCCUGGCUCUGCCGUAUGGAGUGCACGCGGAAGCAGAAGCACUGAAACCCUCUGCCGAGUCUCUGGUUCGCGCUUCAGACAGAGCCAGGAUCCUGUUUGCUCCAUCCAUCUGCGCCAAUCCGUACUCCUUUCUGGAUUUUGGAUCCAAGAUGGCAGACUUCUCUCCACCUCCCCCUCCUCCUCCUCCUCUCCCUCCGGCAAUGCCGACCUUCCCGUACCCGUCGUCAUUGGGUUUCCCGCCGUUUCCUGGCGUCCACGCGCACACCAGCGCGCACAAUCCGGCCUUUUUGAUGCCUUGCAGCUGUAGCGCGUGGCCCUCAUCAUCAUCUUCAUCGUCAUCAUCUUCGUCAUCUUCAUCAUCCUCUGCAUUUUCAACACCGUUGGCGUACAUCCUGUUACCUGGCGUCGGAAAAGCACCGAUGGAGCCGUAUCACGCCUACGCCACCGCGUUAUGAGACAAAGAAUCAUGGAAAAUAUUGCACCAUUAAAUGUGUUACAAGAAAACAAACAAACAAACAAACAAACAAAAGAACAUUCUGAUGUUUACUACGUCAGAAGUGUGUGCAUGAAGUCAUCUAAAGAACAUACUGAAGGAACGACAAAGCUCUCAGCAUCAUGCUGUUCCAGGAAAACAGUAAAGGACAGGACGGUGUGAUGGACGAUAUCAGCUUAACCCGAGGGUUUUAUUCCUCUUACACCACUUACAAUUUCUCCUUUCUUUCUGAACAACACUAAUAUAUCACUCUAUUUAUCCCUUUAUUGUCACACUGAAUAGUGAAACUAGCGAGUCUCAUACAUUCCUUCACUGGUUCCCUCUUUUUUCUUGCAAUCUAUAAAAAAAAAAUCGCAGUUUGUCACUGGAGACUCCUUCCAUCAACGUUAUAUAAACAUCACCAUAGCGACGGCAUUCGUUAGCGAUGAGCUGAAUGUCCGCCCGAGCUGUCGCUAUAGCAACACCUGAUGACCAAUCAGAAUACAGAAUUGUGGUGUAAUGAGGUUAAAAUGAAGAGAGUAUAAAGUGAAUAAAUCUGUACCUGCGUGUGUGUGUGUGUGUGUGUGUGUGUGUGUAUGUUUUGUAACACAUUUGUGUAAAGAAAAGUUUUUGCACGUCCAAUGAAGGUAAUUUUUUUUUCUUUAAAUCAGACCUAUUAGUGUCCAUCUGUGUUUACAGGAAGCACUUCCUGUCUCUCUGUGUGUCUGUAAGGACGAGACAAAUCAUAAUGUUUCAUGUGGCUCACAACGACGUGACCUGCGACGGCUCAUGGAGUCGCAACCACAGACUUUUACAUUUCAUUUCGUUAUGUUAAGGAAUAUUUCUUAAAUGUGUGUGUGUGUGUGGGUGUGUGUGUGUUACAUUGUAUAAAAGGUGUAAAUAUAGUUGUCACUGAAAGCAAUCAGACUUUCAAACAUGUUCUUUUGUGUAAAAAAAUAACAUAAUUUAACAAAGUGUUAAAAAAAAGUGGAUGUAUGAAAAUGUUUUCUAUAUAAUCUGAUAUUCUGAUCAUUAUUUUUUGUUCAAGGAAGGAUGUGUGUGUGUGUGUGUGUGUGUGUGUGUGUGUGUGUGUGUGUGUGUGUGUGUGUGGUUAUUUUUUAAUGUUGUAGUUUAUAUUUAUUUGUAUUGUGAAAAUACAUUAAUUUGAAGGAACAUUGUGAACACACACACACACACAUACACACACACACACAAACACACACACAAUGAGAUUGUGAUUAACCGUGUGUGUGUGUGUGUGUGUGUGUGUGUGGUAAUAAAGCGCACUUCUUGCUCCAUAGUGAACGACACUAUACAACUCUUUCCUUUUUUGUCCCUCCUCCUGCUCCAGGUGGAGUGUGUAAGGGAUCCGGAAUAAAAGAAAGAAAGGAC